GACUAUCAUUGUCCAUUUAUGUCUAAAACAGUGAAUUAAGCAAAUCGUCCACAAUUCUACCUUGCCAAUCGUUAGUGCGUUUGUGUUAUUGUAAAUUAAAGAAAAUGAAAUCGUUUAUAAUAUAUUUGCUGGUUUCACUUUUACAGCAACAAGUUGCCUUAGCUGGUGAGUUGUGUGCAAACCUAGUUUCUAAAAAGAACUGGGGAGCUAGAACGCCUUCACAGGUAGACUACGCAUUAAUUCCAAUCAAGUUUGUCAUUGUCCAUCAUACUGUAACAACGGAAUGCAAUUCGGAUGCGUCUUGCAAGGAGACUCUACAAUCUAUUCAAAAUUAUCACAUGGACGAGCUAGAUUAUUAUGAUAUCGGUUACAAUUUUCUAAUCGGUGGAAAUGGGAAAGUGUACGAAGGGACAGGUUGGCAUAAAGUUGGAGCGCAUGCAGUUGGCUAUAAUUCAAGAUCUCUGGGGCUCGCAUUCAUAGGCGAUUUUAGAGAUAAAUUGCCCACUUCUGCUCAGCUGACGACAGCAAAGGAUUUCUUAAAAUGCGCUGUUGGUUUAGGAGAGCUAAGUGAAGACUACAAGUUACUAGGUGCCAAGCAGGUUAUAGCAACAGUCAGCCCAGGGAAAAAACUUUAUGAAGAAAUCAAGAAAUGGGAACAUUAUACAAAUAAAGUUUAAAGUUUAAUAAUAUGCAUCGUACGAUAAAAUAUUGCAGUUGUACUUGCCACCAUGGAUACACAAGCUGUGUAAUGUUUACAUGUAUAUAUAAGUAGCCAAAUUUUGUUAAUGGGUAAUAAUAAAAAUAAUCAAUUGAU